AUGGAAACCCUACCGCCGCCGGCGGCGGCGGCGGCCGGAGGCUGCCCAGGGUGGGCGAUGCUCAACCACUACGCCGAACUCGAGGUCGAGGGCGAUGGCGAGGACUCCACCUCCAACUCCGGUGGAGCCAAGAUCACCGAGGCGGCCUCCCGCUCCUCCUACGGCCAUCUCGUCCGCGUCUCCCUCCGCCUCGAGGCGCCACCGGCGGCGUCGCAGCUAAGCUUCCACUGCUCGCCGUGCAGCAAGCACAGAGUUCACGGACCCUCGAUCAACGUCGUCGCCGCCCACGGCGACUCCGUGCUCGUCGAGAUGCAUUACGAGAAGGGAGAGAACGACGAGCACUUCGAUUACUUCGUCUACAAUGCCGGCGCCGCCGCCGUCGCCGACGAAGACGGCCUACCACGUCCGCCGCCGUCCUUGUCGCUGUUCCCGACUUACUGGGUCCCAUUGUCAGAGGUUGAGAAAACGGCGUAUCGUCCGCAUCAGAGCGCCAAGGCGCACCAGCUGCGUGAAGGGAGCACCGGCCUCCUCGUGCGCCGCGGCGGCGGCGGCGACGGCGAGCUCGUGGUGGCGGAGCUCCUCACCAAGAGGCGCCGCAGGCGCGACACGUUGGAGGGCGCCGAGCUCGUCGUGCUCCGCUCCGGCGAGUGGAGCGCCACGCCGAUCUCGCCGAUCGUCCACGACGACGGCAAGGGCGAGGAGCUCUCCUACUGGGAGGCCGACAUGGCCGUCCCCGUCGGCGACCGGCGGCUGUGCUACGUCGACCUGUACCGCGGCGUCAUCCUCUGCGACGACGUGUUCGACGAGCAGGCCCCCCUCCGCCGCCGGCCGCGCUACGUGCCGCUCCCCGUGGAGGCCCCCGCCGGCGCGUUCGACGAGGAGCACGACCGCCGCGGCGGCAACCGGCGGCAUUGCCUGCUCGCACGCUCAAGUUCGUCGACAUCUUCCCGCGAUGCUGCUGCGGCCGCCGCGGCGCGACGCAGUGCGACCAUUCCGGCGGCGCCUUCGUCAUCCACACCUGGACAAUGA